CUUCAUUAUCUAUCAAGUGUACUUGAUCACUGACUCUGAUGAGCACCCCCAAAACCGUCUCUGUCCGUUCAAACUAUGGUUGCUAAUUUGCAACUGCCCAGGGGUCGCUCACCCUUUUUGCGUGUUUAGCUAUCUAAAAGCGGCGGCCACAACAGACCGACAUCUUUGGCGCCAACGACACUGAAACCAGCGACAGCACAUGCGCUAGCACUCAUGGAUUUGAAGCUAGAGCAAGUCGAAGUUCAUUCGCGCGACAUCUUCGUUCGAUAUAUGAGCGCCAAAGCAGGCCAGUCUCUCUACUAUAGCAUCAAGCCUGAGCGACACUCCAUCUGCUACGGCCUUUACAAAACAAGUCGCGAACGCGCCGGCGCCAGCUCCCUCAACGCGAAGCAAAAGUCAAGCACCAGCCUUGCAACUGGAUUGAGUCUCGGCGAUAGAUUGGACUCUGCUGGUCUUCGACUCGUGCAGAAUGGCGGAAAAAUCCCCGGCGGCAAGGUGACAAAGGGCACAUUUGCAUGUCAGGAGGAUGGCAUGUAUGCGCUCGUGUUUGACAACACCUUUUCCAAGCAGACUGCAAAGCGCGUGCUCUUCAUCAUUCAAGUCGAAUCGACAGCUGGAGUACAUGCGCAUCCGUCCAAUGCGCAACUCGUGGAUGACGACCGCUGGAAGGCUGAGGCUCAGGCAGAUCACUUGACGGGAUACCUGCUCAAACGACGACGAAAGAAGCUGCAAGGAUGGGCAAGCCGGUACUUUGUGCUUGACUUUGGCGACAAUGCACUUCAUUAUUACCUCAAUUCGUCAGCAACGGCACAACGCGGUGCGAUUCCACUCAAGCUCGCAGUCAUUAGUGCAGAUGCAGCACGACUCGAGAUCAAUGUCGAUUCUGGCGCAGAGGUCUGGAACUUGCGGGCGCGCAACAGUGGCGCAUUCAGUAUGUGGUGCCAAGCUUUGCUAGCUGCUACAAAGAUAAAGGAUGUGCCGCGUGUGCAGCCGGGUGGAUCACCAGCUACGGCGCCAGACAAGCAAACUUGGCUCAGAAUUGGCGCUAUAUCACAAUCCUUGACAGAAGUACAGGCUAGCCUGCGUGAAACUCUCAAUGAGGAUAAAUUGGACACGCCCAAGUCUGAAACGGGCCGACCAUUUUGGCCGCGCCGAAAGUCGCAAUUGGAACCCAUGGUACCCUCCGCAGACGAUGCGUCUCAGAUGAAACUGAGCCUGACGAAGCGGACAAUGCUGAUCAGCGCAGAAGCACAGCUGAGUCAUGCUGUGCAAAAGCUCAAUGCGCUCUUAACUGAACACAAGCUCGGCAUGUCUUUCGCUCCUCGACUGUCGAUUGAUUCCACACGCAGUGUAGAUGAUGUCUUUGAGGAUGCCAAUGAAGUGUGGACAGAUGAUGGCUUGCUCGUUGCACAUCAUGACUCGGACGAUAAUUCUGACAUGGAUACAGACAAGCAAGACUCGGACGGUGAAUCAGACUUGGAUGUUGCAGAAACGUUGCUUUCGCCACAACUAGCACAGCCCGUUCAUCAACGCGACUUGUAUCCCCUCAACGAGUCGACACCUACGCGCCGCAGCACUGUGCCGCCGAUCCUUGAUCAGCCGCCGUCCUUGGCUGCCAUGCUGCGCAAAAGCCUUGGGAGCGACAUUUCAGCACAAUCAGCUCCUGCAGGCUCCAAUGAACCACUCUCGCUUGUUCAACGCGUAGCUGAAGACUUUGAGUAUGCUUCUCUUCUCGACCAAGCUGCUCGUGCAAAGACAGACGACGGGUCUCGCAUUCUGCUUGUUGCUGCGUUUGCCGUCUCUGGAUUCGCAAGUAUGCGACACCGUGUACGUGCUAUUCGCAAACCCUUUAAUCCACUACUAGGCGAGACGUACGAGUUGUGUCGCCCUGAGCAAGGAUUCCGCUUGUUGGCUGAAAAGGUGGUCCACCGUCCAACAGUCGGUGUUGCCCUGCAGUGUGAAAGUCGGCAAUGGACUAUGACACAGUAUGCAGCGACGUCUCAAAAGUUUUAUGGCAAGUCGCUAGAGCUCAUCACGCAGGGACAGACAACAAUUGCAAUGGGCGAUGAUGUAUUUAGUUACGAGAAGCCGAUUUGCUAUUUGCGCAAUGCUGCCAUGGGCGAAAAGUAUCUAGAGCCUGCCGGUGAAAUGACCAUUGCCGGUUGGAAUGGUGACAGAGCAGUAGUGCAAUUCAAAGCAGGAGGCCUAUUUUCUGGCAGAAGUGAAGAGGUCACCAUCACGGCUGUCGAUAAAUUCCAUCAAGCAUACGACAAGUCGCUCACUGGUACUUGGACAUCAAGCUUGCGAUGGAAUAGCACAGACGAUCAUGAUGGCCACAUUGCGUGGCAAGCCGGAGCAUUGUUGCCAGAGCCUGAAGAACACUGUGGCUUCCCAGUCUUUACGGCGCAACUGAAUGAGGUGACGCCCUUGGAGGAGGGUAAACUAGCACCAACGGAUGCUCGACUGCGUCCAGACUUGAGGGCAAGGGAGGAAGGUCGUCUUGAUGACGCUCAGCGACUCAAGGAGCAACUGGAGGGGCAGCAGCGACAACGGCGACAGGCUGGACAAGAGCUCACCAAACCACUAUUUUUUGAGCCAGCUGAAGAUGGACAGCAACAGUCUUGGCGCUUGCGAACAGAUGCCGAUGGAGAUUAUUGGGGCCGGAGGAAACGAGGAGACUGGCAGGGUCUGCCUCAGAUAUUUGAAUUGAGCUAGCGACGUUGUAUGAUGAUUCACUUGAUAUUGCUCACAUCUUUCUGUGCUCUUAUGGUGUGAUGAGAUUUGGUCAUGAUU